AUGAGAUUAAGUAUCAAAACAGAAACAGUGUCGGUACUUUUGAAGGGUUGCCCUGCAGGACAUCCAAUAAGAAACUGUUUCAGGAUAGAGAGCAAAACAUAAAAGGAAGAAAGCGGAGGAUAACAGGAGAAGAGUUGCCCCAGGUACCAGAUGAUUCUGAUAUCUCGGCCUAAGCCAAUACAGGCCCAGCUCCUAGCACCCUGUUGGUUGUCUUUGUCCCCAGCCGGCUACAUCCAAGCUAAAGAUGGGUCGGUUCCUCAACAUAAACCUCUGUGUGAGUCACCUGGGAGGGAGGACGUUAAGACUGUACUGCAAGCUCAGGUACCUCAUAACCAGCCUUAGAACCUUCCCUCACCUGGCCAAGACACCCCUAGCCUUGGACUUCCGUAGCUACUCCUUGCCUUCCUCUCCCCUGCCUCCCAGCUUUUCAAGGAAAGGCGCCCCCAAGAGCUUAAGGUUCAAACACAGGAGCUUGACCCCUGAGUACCUCCUUGGGGGUGGUACCAGAGGGGUGAGAUACUCCCAGGCGGUCCGUGUCUACUCAACCUUGAGUAGGCAUGAGUUGAAGGCUGAGGCCCCCAUCGGGGUCCUUCGCGAGAACAGCCUUCAGGAGGACAGCCAGACACCCUUUCAGCUGAGCAUGCUUUGUCUGGGUGAUUCUUUUAAUCACCUCUCCAGACACAUCAAUAUUUACUUCAAGAGAAAGGAUGUGACCCAGCAGUCCCCUGUUGCUGGGAAUGUGGGGUUUGUCGUCACAACUCAGGAGAGUCUGGGCAGCAGGCCACAGAGGCGUAGUCAAAGUAACAGGGCAGCCAGGGAGAGAAGAGCAAUGGAGGACAGGGAGACAACAACACAGCAGCCUUUGGAAAAUGAAGACGAGCUUGAGACGUCAGACAGCCAGACAGAAACAAGUUCCUCCCCCCAGCCAUAUGGUAGAAUGCAGUUAUUUCACAUCAGUUCCAUUGCCACCAGGUUUGGGGAAAGUUACAGUUAUGUUGCUCAUCACAUAAACUCAUCACAUAAACACCUAAAGUCAGUGUUCGCCAAAGGUUCGGCACAGGACUUCCUAGGUUCAACUCUGGAAGAGACUCUGGAGGAUCUGGCUUCAAGCAGAGUGUCGACCAGGGGGAUGAGGAGGAGGAAAACAAUAAAAAUAAGUCACAUUGAAAGUGUAAAGGAAGCUGAAGCGGCUCAGUUAAAGACUAGUGCACCUGUAGCUCAGACCACAGCCAUUCAGAAACCAGCCAUUGAAAGUGCUGAUAUCUCCAACAACUGGGAGGGAGAGGCAGAGGGCUACCUUCACUUUGCCCAGCACGUCAACAGAUACUUUGGAGCCAAAACCGUUACAGACGAAACCGAACUACCACCACCUCAAACAGAACAUCUGGUUGCGGACAACAUGCCAAACAGUAGGACGUAUCAACAGCAGUGUUCUAUACCUUCUACCUCCAGACAUGAACAAUCACCCACAGGGCUGAAGCAGGAAGAACAACCCAUUCGUCCCAAAUCCCUUUUCCACAUUAGCAACAUCACAACCAGUUUCGGUGAGAACUAUGCAUACAUGGCUAAUUACGUCAACAGCUAUUUCAAAGGCAGCUAUGAUGCCGUGGAGGAGGAGGAGGAGUUAGAGAGAGGUCCCAUAGAGGAACGCAGGGGAGAAUGGGAGAUGGAGUAUGGAUCCGUUAGGGUCCCGAAACCACAGCCUGCUGUAUCCUUCAUGGAGUGCCUUCUCAAUCCCCGUAGUGCCAUCCCCAGCCUCCUGGGGGGAUAUCUGGGGGACUCCUGGGCUCAGAGGAACCAGGCCCAGCCUGCCUCUAUGCUCAGUGAGGCCACACUUAGAAGAAUGGUGAUGGGCAGGAGACAGGCAGAGGAGAUGACCCGUGCUUUGGUGUUCAGUCUACAACAGGCCUUCUCGCCUGAGGCCAUCACCGAAGUUGUCGAUGAGCUCAACACACACCUCAUCCGACACCCAGGAUGCAAAGCAGUGGUCUGGCAGGAGAAAGCUGCUGUUCAGCUCUUAAGACAACGGCGAAGCCAUAGAGAAGACCAGGAACUUCAGAGUGUCAUUAGGGAAACCUUGGCUCUGAUUGGCUAUGUGGAUCCAGUCAAAGGUCGUGGAAUCCGAGUGCUCUCAAUCGAUGGUGGUGGCACAAGAGGGGUGGUGCCACUGCAGGUCCUCAAGCAGCUGGAGGCGGAAACAGGCAAGCAGGUUCACCAGCUGUUUGACUACAUCUGUGGAGUGAGCACAGGGGCAGUGUUGGCCUUCAUGCUUGGCCUGGCCCGUUUCUCUUUAGAGGAGUGUGCGGAUAUGUACCGUCGCUUUGGCUCAGAUGUGUUCCGUCAGAAUCCCCUGGUGGGCACAGUGAAGAUGGGCUGGAGUCACUCCUACUACAGCACCGAGACCUGGGAGAUGAUACUGAGAGAGAAGAUGGGCGACCAAGUUCUGAUUAAAACAGCCAGGGAUGAGUUGAGCCCCAAGGUGUCAGCGGUGAGCGCGGUGGUGAACUGGGGCACCAGUCCCAAGGCCUUUAUCUUCAGGAACUACAACCACAGCCCAGGCCGUCUCAGUCGCUACGCAGGGGGGUCUGGGUACCAGAUGUGGCAGGCGGUGAGAGCGUCGUCCGCCGCCCCAGGAUACUUCCAGGAAUUCCCCUUACACAGUGACAUCCAUCAGGACGGUGGCCUCAUUCUAAACAACCCUUGUGCCCUCGCCAUCCACGAGAGCCGUCUCCUGUGGCCCAACCAGCCUUACCAGUGUGUCCUGUCGCUAGGCACCGGUCGCUAUGACAAUGCUAAGCGGAGCCCGGGCACCUCCACCAGCCUGCGUGCCAAGAUCAACCACCUGAUCUGCAGCGCCACCGACACAGAGGGGGUCCACACCCUCCUGGACGACUUGCUGGCCCCAGACGUCUACUUCAGGUUCAACCCCAUACUGAGUGCCGAGGUAUCCCUGGAUGAGAGCAGCGUCAGGGCCAUGGAGCAGCUGCAGGCUGACACCCAGCUCUACCUGGACAGGAACAAGCCCAAGAUGGCCAGGCUGUGUAAGGUGCUGGGGCAGGAGCGCACUGCGCUGAGCCACACCAAGGACUGGGUCAGUGAGAGAGCCUGGGAGAUGCAGCAGAGCUGGGUUUGAGGGUCAUAGGUCACAGGUCACAGGUUAGGCCACACACAGGCACAGCACAGUCACAACUCGGCUCUGGAGGAGAGUGUUAGGGUUUUGUUACUCAGUGCCUGUAGUUUUAUACCCUGUUUUUAUUUUUUCAGCUUUGGAGCAAACUGUUCCUUCCUCCCAAAUGCAUACAUACACCUUUCUGUUUAAAUUACUGUGUAAGUACGUGUUUCUAUAUAUGAACACUAAAAUGAGGAAAUACAUAGAUGGAGCUCUGUUACUCUAUUGCUUUAAAAGGGCUCUGUCUGUUACUCAUGCAUUUAUGUAUGCAAAAUCAAAACUGCAUUGUAAUUUAUAUAUUCAGUGCUGUAUAUGUAUUAGUAUGAGGAUGCACUCCUUAAUGGAGUAAGAUUUACUGUGAAUCAAAUGGCUGGACUAUUGUUAAGUAUAUUUGUCUGACAUUUUCCUAUUUGUGCACUUCCAGACCUAGGAUCUAAUACUAUUUAGGGUAUUUCAAUUAGUUUCAAAGACAUUUGGAAGUAAGUAUUUAAAUAUUCUUUAUUUAAUAAGACAAGUAGUUGAUUAUUGGAAUAUAUUAGGAAAUACACUUGGAAAGUAUUUGAAAAUACUCAAAUACAUUGACUCAAAUACACUCCCAUGCAUUUAACUGAUGAAUUUGAAAAUAGUAUUUGAAAUAAGUUUUUGAAAAUUCUUUCAAGAAGUAGGCUAUUUAUAGGGAAUAAUUUGAAAAUAAUUUCAAAUAAUUCCAAUAGAAGUAGUUGAUUGGGGCCACAUUAUUUGAAAAUACUCAAAUACACAGAAAAUAAAUAUUUAAAUAACAUGUAACCAGGUCUGGCACUGACCGUAUAUUGAAGAUUUUUGCACUGAGGGAAUUAGUGUAGCUGCUAGUUAUAAUUUUGUAAAUGUAAAAUCUAUUUAUAUAUAAAAAAUAAACAUUAUUAUAGAAAAAUGA